ACAUAGAAAGUAAAUUGUGCGGAGAGGCCGCACAUUACCAUAAUCCCCCCUCUCUCGCACUCCCACUCCGGGAACACGAUUUGGUCCACUCUCCCUCUCUCUUUUUCUUCUCUUCCUCCCUCCAUUACUUCCCCUCCACCACUCUCUCUCCUCCAUUUCCAGCUCUCUUUUUGAAUUCCCCAAACUUUCUACCUUUUUCCUCCUCAAAAACCCCUUUUUCCAAUCACAAUCACAAUCCCACAAAUUCAAAUAUUAAAGCAAUUCAUCGUUUGUAUCCAAAUCAUUUCAAAAAUGUCGAACAAUACUGGAACUUGGAAUCACUCCAGAAAUGGAACUACCAAAUCCUCCUUGAAUAAAACUCUUAAUUCUUCCAUCAAUUCAAACCCUAGGUCUUCUCUUUCUUCUUCCUCUUCCUUUAAAUCUAAUAAGUCUUCGUCUUCUUCACUUCGCCGGAGCUCCCCUGCUUCUCUCUCCUCCGCCAAAAACGACGCCGCUGUUCUAGGAAGAGUACGAGUUGCUGUGAGAUUACGACCUAAGAACACAGAGGAGUUGGUUGCAGAUGCUGAUUUUGCAGACUGCGUAGAAGUACAACCAGAGCUCAAAAGAUUAAAGCUUCGCAAGAACAACUGGGACUCAGAUACUUAUGAGUUUGAUGAGGUUCUGACCGAAUUUGCAUCUCAAAAACGUGUUUACGAGGUUGUGGCAAAACCUGUUGUUGAGAGUGUUUUGGAUGGUUAUAAUGGAACAAUUAUGGCUUAUGGACAAACUGGAACUGGCAAAACUUACACACUAGGACAACUUGGAGAGGAAGACACAGCUGGUCGUGGGAUUAUGGUGCGGGCAAUGGAGGAUAUUUUGGCCGGUAUUCGUCUGGAUACUGAUACUGUAUUGAUUUCCUAUUUCCAGCUUUACAUGGAGACAAUACAGGAUUUACUUAAUCCUAGUAAUGACAACAUCUCCAUCAUGGAAGACCCAAAGUCUGGAGAUGUUUCGCUGCCUGGUGCUAGUUGUGUUGAAAUAAAGGAUCAAAAGAGCUUCCUAGAGCUGCUGAGAUUAGGGGAAGCACACCGAUUUGCUGCUAAUACCAAGAUGAAUACGGAAUCUUCUCGUAGUCAUGCUAUCUUGAUGGUACAUGUGCGGAGAUCUGUCAAGGAAAAGGAUUCAUCCUUACCAAGUGAGAAUGGAAAUAGCUCUCAUGUUAAAAUCCUCAAACCUCCGGUUGUGAGGAAGGGAAAACUUGUAGUAGUUGACCUUGCAGGCUCUGAGCGUAUUGACAAGUCAGGAAGUGAUGGCCAUGCCCUUGAGGAAGCUAAAUCUAUUAAUCUCUCAUUAAGUGCGUUAGGCAAGUGCAUUAAUGCUCUUGCAGAAAAUAGUGCACAUGUUCCAGUUCGUGAUUCAAAGCUUACUCGGUUACUUCGAGAUUCAUUUGGAGGCACUGCAAGAACAUCAUUGGUUGUUACAAUUGGGCCAUCCACGCGCCACCGAGGUGAAACAGCAAGCACCAUAAUGUUUGGUCAAAGGGCUAUGAAGGUGGAAAACAUGUUGAAAAUAAAGGAGGAAUUUGAUUACAAAAGUUUGUCAAGAAAACUUGACAUACAACUAGACAAACUAAUGGCAGAAAGUGAAAGGCUACAAAAGGCAUUCCAGGACAGGAUUGAUGAGAUAGACACAGAGGCACAAAAUCGUGUAUCUGAUGCUGAAAGAAAGUAUGCUGAUGCUUUGGAGAAAGAGAGACAGAAAUACCAGAAAGACUAUAUGGAGGCAGUAAAAAAGCUUGAGGAGCAAUGGGCAAUCAAUCAGCGAAAGCAAAGUAAUGAAGCCAGUACAUCAGGUGCCAAGCACGAUUUGUCUGACAAAUCAUCUACGAGAGAGGUGCCUGCUGCUGAAGAACUUGCUGAGGUGAAAAGGUUACUUCAGAAUGAAAAGCUUCUGAAGAAGGCUGCUGAACAGGAGGCAGCCAAUCUUAAAACUCAGCUCGUGCAAUCAAAGAAACAAGAGGCAGCUGCAAAUUCUGAAAUGUUGAAGCUUCAUCAGAUGUUGAAGGAUGAGGCCUAUCAAAGGGAGAAACUUGAGCGUGAGAUAGCUAUGCUGCAAGGGCAAUUGUUGCAGUUAAGCUUUGAAGCUGAUGAGAGUAGAGAAAGACUUGACAAUAGGACAUCUGAAGUUCAUGUUGAUGUUGAUACUCAAGUGUCACAAGUUCGGCCACAAAUAGAUGAUGCAGGAAAUGAAGAUAAGAGUUCAAUAGCCAAGCUCUUUGAGCAAGUUGGUUUGCAGAAGAUAUUGUCGUUGCUUGAAGCAGACGAUGCUGACAUUAGAAUUCAUGCUGUGAAAGUUGUUGCAAAUUUGGCUGCAGAAGAAACAAAUCAGGAGAAGAUUGUAGAGGCAGGUGGGCUUACUUCCUUGCUGAAUCUUCUAAGAAGCUCGGAGGAUGAGACCAUACAUCGAGUUGCUGCUGGUGCUAUUGCAAAUUUAGCAAUGAAUGAAACCAACCAAGAGCUGAUAAUGGCCCAAGGAGGUGUCGGUUUACUAUCAGUAACUGCUACUAAUGCAGAGGAUCCCCAAACCCUUCGCAUGAUUGCUGGAGCAGUUGCUAAUCUUUGUGGCAAUGACAAACUACAGGCAAAGCUCAGAGGUGAAGGUGGUAUCAAGGCUUUACUGGGGAUGGUCAGAUUUGGACACCCAGAUGUCCUUGCACAAGUUGCUCGUGGGAUUGCAAACUUUGCAAAAUGUGAAUCCAGGGCAUCAUCUCAAGGAUAUAGAACCGGAAGAUCUUUGCUGAUUCAGGACGGUGCACUCCCUUGGAUUGUACAGAAUGCCAACAAUGAAGCGUCUUCAAUCCGGCGGCACAUUGAACUGGCACUCUGCCACCUUGCUCAACAUGAGGCAAACGCAACAGACAUGAUUAGUGGGGGUGCCCUGUGGGAACUUGUUCGUAUAUCACGUGAUUGUUCUCGCGAUGACAUUAGGAGUCUUGCACGCCGCACACUUGCUUCUAGUCCCACUUUCCUAUCUGAGCUCAAGAGGCUGAAUGUAGAUCACUGAUUUCUGCCUCGUAUAUACUCAAGUAUGGACAACAGAAGCUUAUGAUUUGUAUAGUUGGUUUAGGUAGAAUGAUUUCCUUUAUUUAUAACCUCUUAUUAUUCUCCCUCCUUUUUUUUGUUUUGGCUUGUUGAUUUUUCCAUAUUACUCAAGAAAUAUGGAAAUUUUUUGUUAGAUAGGGUUAUUUAUCAUCAAUAUCAUAGGGUGAUCUUGGUCAAUUAAAAUUUUUGUAAAGAACGAGCGUUGCAAUGGGUUCGUAGUGCUUGUUUUAGCUGAAAUCAGUUUCUCAGAGCUGGUCCUUUUCUUUUGCUGUGGUCUUUCAGGCUUCAGGCAUGUAUGUAAGUUUGUAACUGAUUAUUGUAUAAAAAGAUGAGGUAUUGUUAUAAAUAAUCUAGUAAUGUCAAGUUGGAAAAUUAUACAUUAUAAUUUUCUGACAUCUUUGUUGAAAAGACAGCUUUCUCCUUCA